UUCAAAAGCCAAAAAAAAACUUCUUUUUCUCCAUUGCUAUGUCCAUUGCCACAUUGUGGAAACCCCAAAACUCUAUCUUUUAGAGUUGAAAAUAAUCACAACAUUUUCAGCUCUCAAAGAUUUUACGACAAUGUUGAUGAUGACAUGGUAGAUAAAGUGAUUGAAGGCCUAACAAUAGAGAAAGGGAGGUUUUUUUUCGAGGCAAGAGAAAAAACUAGUUCAAUUCUUGAAGUACUAUCAUCAUCAACAUUGUCAAAGAGCACUAAUAAUAGUAGUAAUGAGGUCGAGUAUCUACCUUUUAAUGAGUCAUGUGUUAUAAAGCUAUCGAGUUCGAGGGAUCCUUAUGGGAGUUUCAAGAAAUCAAUGGUAAAAAUGGUUGAAGCAAAUCAAGGGAUUAAAGAUUGGGAUGAGUUUCUUGAAGAGAUGUUGGCUUGGUAUUUGGAAGUUAAUGAGAAAAAAAUUCAUAAGUAUAUUAUUGGUGCAUUUUGUGAUUUGUGGAUUAGCUAUUCAUUUACUUCAACAACAAAUACUCCAAAUUCAUUUUCAUUUAGCUCUAGUGAACCUAAGGCUGAGAUUUCAACAACACCAACAUCCAAUGUAAUUUCGUAAGUACUGGAGAGUUUGGGUAGAAUAGGGGUAGGAUUUAUGCAGACUCUAUUAUUAUACUUUGUGAGGUAAAAAAUUGUUUCAGAGAGUA